AUGCCCUUGAGCUCUGGGCUCACGACGAGCGGGCUUUCAGCGGCUGUUGCGAUUGUACUUGUUCUACGCUACUUUUACCGACGCUAUACUUCACCACUCGCCAAGGCACCACUAGCAGAAACAAACAACUUUUGGCUCGCUAAUUUUGGGCUGGUGCCGCCUCCAAGCGAUACGGAGGACAAGCUUUCGGAAUUUCUGAUCAAAGUCGGCCAGGAUCAGCAACAAAUCCCUGUUAGCGUUGUCUGGUCCGUCAUGGGUACACCAACCGUGUUAGUAAAUACAUUGCAAGGUAUCAAGGAUGUGUUAAUCGACGGCCAGGCAAAACGCAAGGGCAAGAAUUUGACGGGUCCUCCUACUAAUGUUCAACGUGGUGACUUUAUUCGGCUUAUCCAAAACUUGGUCUUUGGUGGUCCAAGUAUCAACAACACGGUUGGCGAAGACUGGCGCUGGCGUCGUCAUGUAUUGCUGCCACCCUUCCAACCGCGACAACUGGUACCGAAUUUGUUGCCAUACGUAUCCAACCGUGCCAAACAGCUAUUGGAUCUUUUUGAGAAACAUGCGGAGCAGAAUACAGCAGUAGAGCUCGACGAGGUCUUUAUGAAUCUGACGAUGGAUGUCAUCAAUUAUUAUCUUUAUGGUCGAAGCGACUUGAAUUAUGAAAUGGUUGGUGGACGUACAAAUCUCAAGAAUGUGCACCAUCAUCUUGGUAUGGGCUUCAUGUCGGUCGAAGCAUGGCUACCCUUUGGCCUCAACAAGACAGACUGGGCACAGCGCAAUUUUCAAGGGCCUCGCGCACUGCUAAAAGAUUUCAUCAACGACUCGUUAGACCGUGCAUUGGCUGAUAAAGAGAGCAAAAAAGGCGACGGUGUCUUCCAUUCCGUCGCAGCAGCAGCCGUGGCCAGUGGCAACUACAAUGAUCCAGAACGGUUUGACCUAAUCAACGACUUUUUGUCUCUCACUUUUGCUGGAUAUGACACAACUGCACAUACACUGGCAUUUUGCUUUUCUGAGCUGGCUCGACAUCCCGAAAUUCAAGACAAGAUUGUUAAACAAGUCCGUCAGGUCCUUGGCCCACCUCCUGUGGAUCCAGCCUCCAUCACUGCCGAGAAACUAGCCCAGAUGCCCUAUGUCACUGCUGUAUACCGCGAGACGAUGCGCAAGUAUCCGGCUGUGGCCUUUAUCCCUGUUCAUGUCAAUCAUGAUACGCCUGUGGAUGGCACGGUUGUUCCUGGCGGUGCGGAAAUCUGGUGCAAUUUGCGUGGUCUACAGAUGAAUCCUGCCAUGUUCCCCAAUCCAGAAAAGUUUGAUCCCUCCCGCUGGCUUAAACCCGCUGGAGCUGAAACAGACGACGGAUUUGAUCGCAUGGUGACCUCCUCCUCCAGUCAUACGAUCGUGGAUGCCGAUCAUCAAUACAACUUUCCAGAUCUUUCGUUCACUCUGGGUCAGCAUUCAUGCCUGGGCAAGAAUUUGGCGAUUUUAGAGUUGCGCACGGUCAUUGCAUGUACUGUAAACCAGUAUUCAUUGUCUCUCAAACCUGGCAACAAUAUCAAUACGAAAAUUGUGUUGACCACGAAGCCGAGAGAUGGUGUAUGGGUGCAUUUCAAGAAGCGGUCAUAA